GGUCAGGGAACUGCAUUCUGGAGCAGGCUGCCAAAAACCACUCCUCCUGCCAACACUCCACCAAACUAAACUACGUGCGGUGGCAGCAGCCAUGGCCUCAUCAGAACACCUCAGGGACCAGAGUGCCAGCCCCAGAAUCGUGGGUCUUGAGACAGAUCUGGACACCAGUUCAGGGGGGAAGUCAGCCCACCUUCUAAAGGCCGUCCCUGCAGCUCACCUAACUUUUGUUAUCGACUGUGUCCGUGGGAAACCGCUCUCGCUGGCAGCUCCCCCGGCACCGCCCCACGCCCUCAGUCCCAACCAAGGACUUGUCACCCCUCCAAUGAAGACUUACAUCUUGUUCUGUGGGUCUGGCCAGUCCCAUCUGAUUCAGGAGGCUCCCUUGGGUGGGGAGCACCUCGCCCAGGCCAGGGGCACCCCGCCACCCUGCAGAGGGGCUGUGGCCUCAGCUUUCUCCUCAGUCAGCCCACUGAGGCCCCAGGAGCCUCCUGAAGACAAGGGGAGCCCCUCAAAGAUGGUGCCCACAAGGUCUUCAGCUUGGGAAAUGGUCAUGAACACACUCAAAGCUUUCUCCUCCUGUGUCUGUGGGAAGGCAGAGUAACUGGAAGAGCCUGACUGGGGGCGAGGGGGUUGGCACCUCAGGCUCACGUGCCCAGGGGCUGCCCUUCCCAGGGCCCAUGGCCUCUCUGCCAGGAUCUGCAAAGUGCCAGGGAAAAACACCACCCCUUUCUUGGAGCUUAUAUCCCUGGGGUUGGGGGAGAGGUGGGAGGAAGUUUAAACAAGCAAA